GGGGCCGGUUCAAGGGGAAAAAACCAUUCCAGUUUCCAUAUACAGAACACCCAGCUUGGUCGAUGGGGAAGUCAUGCGAAAGCUCCUUGUUCAUGUGAGCAGCAAAAAAAAAAAUCUCCCCAUCAUGUCUGGUACCCACGGAAGGAAGACAAUCGUCAAUGAAUGCACUAUUGGGAAAACAGGUUCGGGUCUACGACUCCUUUCUUACGCCAUGCUGAAGUCGUGAAAUGCUCGCCUUCGCCGGGCUGUUAUUUAGCCCAGCAGUUGCGCUCUGGUUCUUGCUCCUAUUCCUGGUCGAAUCUCUCUUCCUUUGGCUAUUGCCGUGUGACUUUCACUUGGUUUCUUGACUUGUACUCAAUCGCCCGUCCAGUUGAUCCCGAAUUGUAUCCAUUGACAGCCUCUCCUUCCCUCCUCAUCCUCCUCCAUUUGUCAAGUGACCGCGAAAUACCCAGUGAAAUCCGGUUUCCCCACUUCCCCGCCUCAUCCGGAUUCCAUUCCGAUCCCAAUCAUUGCGCCUUUACCAAACGCGCAAUCGUCGCACAGUCGAUACGAUUGAUCCUGGGAAACUUUCAGUCCAGGAGGAAGAUCAAGUGAUCAUUGCAAGGAAGUCGCUUUUUUAUCAAGAAAGGUUAUAUAAAGACGAGAAAAGACAGUGCGCGCAUCCGGUCCUCCUGCAACCCCCAUACUUCGAUCGG